CUAAGGACAGGAGGCGGGAUUUAUUUUUGUUUUUGGACGGACAUGUUGACGGGUUUUGUUAUUUCACCGCGCGGGGGCGCUGUUGCGUGGCCCUCAUUGAACUCGUUUGUUUUCACUACCAGCAGGAGAUUUAUAAACAACCUCAACUCCGGAUAUUUCGGGGAAGUAGACGAAGAAUAAGGACUGAAACGGUUGAUGUGUGCAAUAUUGCAUUCUUCAAACGGCGGUGGAAAUACCUAACCCGUUAUACGUGGUGUUUAUUUGACGUUAUAGCAAAGCUGGAUAGACUUUAGCAGACGUUAAUGCUAAUGCUAACAGCUGGCGCUAAACGUAGGGGACUGUAUUUUUAUGCACUUUGACGUUUUCUUUGCGGAUUUAAGAAAAGAAAAAAACUGCCCAAAAUAUCAACCGGUUGUCUGUAAGCUAUUUAACUAGCUACAUGGCUGCUACUAUAUCUUAUUAAACAUUAAUGUCAUGCUGCUUACUCUAGAGGCUAGCUAAUCAAGGAGUGUCACGUGAGAAUUUAUAUUUUAUAUUUCUCGUGUGAUAAACCUUGCGGUUUAUUUUGUAGAUUGUUAUUUUUUUCUUUUUCUACUAUGCUGUUCUUCAAGCCGGAUCUCUGAUGACUUAUGAUUUCGUCAUCACACGUCAUCAAUUCUUCAUCUUGGGUUAGAGCACUCACCUGAGCUCUCAGGCUGAUUUGUGACUGUGCUGAUGAAGCAGAAAGAGGCAGCAUGGCCAGCUGCUGGAGACCCACACACUCUUCUUUUAGAUGCUUGUUGUUGUUUGUGUUUGUGCUGACGGUGGAGGGUGUGGGAGCUGAGGGUACAAACAGCUCAGUGGAGGUGGAGCAGAAAGACGGACAGUUUGACACCAGCUACUUGGACAUAGUGACCAGCAAUGUGCAGAUCAUCUACACCUUCAACCACACCGUCACCCGCAACAAGACGGAGGGGGUCCGUGUGUCGGUGGAGCUGCUGUCCGAGGGCACUAAGAGCCCCGUGUUGUUCGUAGUGAGGCAGAAACAGGCUGUGCUCUCCUUCCAAGUUCCACUCAUCCUGCGAGGCUUGUACCAGAGGAAGUACCAGUAUACACAGGUGGGCCGAACUCUGUGCCAGCCCCCAACGCUCGCCCUCUCAGAGACCCAGUUCUUCUACGUGGACGUGUCCACUCUGUCCACCUCCAGCGUCCAGUACAAGCUGCGGAUCAGCCGGGUGGAAAGCUUCACUCUACAGACAAAUAAGAAGUUCAGCUUCAAUGCGACUCCGUCCCAACCCCAGUUUUUUAAGUACGAGUUUCGGGACGGAGUGGACACGGUGAUCGUGAAAGUAAACUCGGAGAAGAACUUCCCCUGCUCUGUCAUGUCCGUUCAAGAUAUCCAGUGUCCUGUGUAUGACCUGGACAACAACGUGGCCUUUAUUGGGAUGUAUCAGACCAUGACCAAGAAGGCUGCUAUUACAGUACAGAGAAAGGACUUUCCCAGUAACAGCUUCUACGUGGUGAUCGUGGUGAAGACGGAGGACGAGGCGUGCGGCGGGCCGCUCAGGUUCUACCCCCUUUCACCUGAUGAGCUGCUGGAUGCUGGAAACCGGAGCAAAACUCUGGAAGUGGUCGUAUAUCCUGCCAUUGACUCUGAGGUGUACGUUAUGGGAAUGCUGUUCUGUCUUGGCAUCUUCCUGUUCUUCUACGUACUGACCUUCCUGUUGGCCUGCAUUGAAAACAAGAGAAUGCACAAAAAAAGGGAGGGGCUUCUGAAGUCAUCUAACAUGUCGCCGGCGGAGACAGCCUCUCUCUUAGGAAAAUCUCCGCCCUCGCCGUAUGAAUACGGCUCAUUCGGUGAUAACGGCAGCACGUUGAGCUCAGAACCCGUGACGGACAGUUUGACCUCCACCGACGCUAAUUACGGAUAUUUGGAGCGCUCAUUGGACACAGUGGGUCGCUGCAGACAGGAGUCUCUGAGCUCAGUGGAAGAGGAUGACUACGACACGCUGGCCGAUAUCGACUCGGACAAGAACAUCGUCCGCACCAAGAAGUACCUGUUUGUCUCUGAUCUGGCUCGGAAAGACAAGCGAGUGCUGAGCAAAAAGUACCAGAUCUACUUCUGGAACAUUUCCACCAUCGCCGUGUUCUACGCUCUGCCCGUGAUCCAGCUGGUCAUCACCUAUCAGACGGUCGUUAACGUGACAGGAAAUCAAGACAUCUGUUACUACAACUUCCUGUGUGCACAUCCCCUAGGAGCUCUGAGCUCGUUCAACAACAUCCUGAGUAACCUCGGUUACGUGAUGCUUGGGCUGCUGUUCCUGCUCAUCGUGCUGCAGAGGGACGUGGUGCACAAGCGUGCACUCACGCGCAACGACGUCACCGCGCUGGAGUGCGGCAUCCCCAAACACUUUGGUCUGUACUAUGCCAUGGGCACGGCUCUGAUGAUGGAGGGGUUGCUGAGUGCCUGUUACCAUGUCUGCCCCAACUACACCAACUUCCAAUUCGACACGUCGUUUAU